AGAGUAGAAAUUAAAAAGUGCCAACACUGUAGUGUCGUCCCGUUUUUCUUAGAUUGAUUUGAAAGGACGGCAAAUUUAAAAAAUGUAGGCGCGAAGAGUUGACUUCCGAUAGAAAAUUUCAACGUCGCGCCUUUUUCUACUGACAAGUCGGGUGUGUUGUUUUAUAAUGUAGAGAGGCCUUACCAAUCAACAGUUGUAAAACUUGGGAGGCGCAAGGUGCACGUGUGAACAGUGUUCGUGUGUUUAUGUGAUACAUUUCUCAUUAUCAUAGUGUAUGUGGCACUGUUAACUAAUGAUGGAGAUAAAAGCAGAAAAACCGGUAUCUAGUGCACGUUAUGAAAUCAUCGUACGCAGCGCUCGUUCAGACGAUGUAUCUGACAUCUACGACAUUAUUAAACUGGAAAUUCCCGAUGACAAUUUUCCUCCUCUUAAACAUUUCUCCAGAGACGGGUUCGAGACAUCCCCGCCAUGGUUUCACGUGUUAGUCGCAGAGAGAGACGGCAAGAUCGUCGGUUGCGCACUGUACUACCGCAUUUAUUGGCCGCGGCCCUCACCGCCGGGGCGAGCGCUACUGCUGCGUAUGUUGUGCGUGCGUAAGAGUGCGCGACGGUGCGGCGUGGGUACCAAACUCUUUCUAGGGCUUUGCCGGCGGCCCUCGCCGCCGGGGCGAGCGCUACUGCUGCGUAUGUUGUGCGUGCGUAAGAGUGCGCGACGGUGCGGCGUGGGUACCAAACUCUUUCUAGGGCUUUGCCGGCGGCCCUCGCCGCCGGGGCGAGCGCUACUGCUGCGUAUGUUGUGCGUGCGUAAGAGUGCGCGACGGUGCGGCGUGGGUACCAAACUCUUUCUAGGGCUUUGCCGGUGUGGAGCACUGUACUACCGCAUUUAUUGGCCGCGGCCCUCGCCGCCGGGGCGAGCGCUACUGCUGCGUAUGUUGUGCGUGCGUAAGAGUGCGCGACGGUGCGGCGUGGGUACCAAACUCUUUCUAGGGCUUUGCCGGGUGGCACUCAAAGAAAACGCGCAGCUGAACUGGACGAAACCCGCAAGCGAUCCUGCAGCUGCUUUCUUCGCGCAGUUCAAACCUGACAUCAGUGAUGACUUGAACGGGACCUACAUCAUGCGCAUAAGUCCCAAGUCUGUUCGUGAAAUUGCCGCAAGCAAAAUGCGCAUGAGUAAAGAUAUUUCAAUUCUUAUGGCGCGGCAAGAGGAUAUGGCAGAGUUAAGCAUGAUGAUACGAGAAAUAUCAGAAAUACGAGAAACUUUGUACGGUCGACAUCUUAAUGAAAAAGAUUUCAUAGAAGACGGUUUCACCAGCUCCCCGCCAUGGUUCUUUGCGCUCAUAGCAUGGCGAGCGGGUAUUGCAGUGGGCACAGCCGUUGGCACCAGGUUGUACAACUGGGAGCGGAGCCUCGACAUGCAGAGCUUGUACGUACGGCCUGAGGCACGGCGCUGUGGCUUGGCUAAGCAGCUUAUUGUGGAAUUUUGUCGUAAAGCCGAGGAAGACGGCAUCGAUCACGUAGACUUCCACACACACCCUGUGAACACAGAAGCGUUGGCACUGUACGGCAGCUUUGGCGCUAAAAAGCUCUCUGACGACCACGGGUCUUUUCGUCUCGAAGUCGAUAAGAUUGAGAAAAUUUUAGCAGAAAAAUAAACUUCAUCCGAAUUU